AUGAGCGCUGCAGCCUCCCCCACUGCGGUCUCUUCAUCCUCAACCCUCUGGGCUACCGCUUCCAAGGAGUGGGUCAUCCCCGCGAAGCCGAAGCCUGGUCGCAAACCAAAGAAAGACGUUGCCCCGCCCCCAGAGGAGACUGCCGAGACCGACAGCAAAGGGCGACGCGUGCAGAACAGAGCAGCACAACGUGCUUUUCGCGAGCGCAAGCAAUCCCAGCUCGCCGAACUCCAGGCGCGGGUACAGCAGUACGAGCAAGGCGAGAUCGAACGGAAUGUUGCCCUCCAGAACAUAGCCAAACGUCUCAAGGAGGAGAACGAGAAGCUGCGCAAGGAGAACCUCGAGCUCAAGGACAAGGUCGCCCAGUUCGAGGAGCGCGUUGCUCAGAAGAGACCACGCGACGAGUUCUGCCCACAGUCCCCCUACGACCUCACCCAGUCCCCCGCCAAGAAGCGUAACAGGGUCUCCAUCGAUGCUCUCAGCAACUUCACCCAAACCUCCUUCCCCCCGGUCUCAUAUGCCUCCUCCCCCUCCGCGGCGUCCUCGGCAGACUCAAGUGAUGCGCAUUCCAGCUUCUCUCCCGUGCCCAUGUCUCAGUCCGCCCGGGACACGCCCAUUUUUCCCCAGACGUUCGGUCUCAACGGCAUCUUCGAACUGGCUUCGUCGGGCAAGAGCAAUCUUUUCGAGCCUGGAGGUGCUCUCGACACGUUCGACUGCGGCCUCUGCAGCGACAAUACCCCCUGCUUCUGUCGCGAGAUGGCACUCCAGCAGGCCAACGAUCGGAUGGCUGCCGUGAAUGGCGUCUCGCCCAUGAAGCUCGAGACAGCCGAUCAGAAUACAGCCGCUACGUCGUCCUCCCCAUCUAUGGUCCCGCAGACCCAGACCUCCACCUCCAUCCUCGACAACCUGCCCGCAUACCAGGCCCCCGUCCCUCUCCGUCGCCGUGCACCCAACCCCUCCCUCCAGCCUAUAUUCCCCAUCACCCUCCCGACAUCAGAGCCAGCGCAGCCCGAGGUCCCCUCAUGCACAGGUGACCCGUCCAACUGCCCGGCGUGCGCCGACGACGCCUUUGGCAAGGCGUUUUGCGCGGCCAUCAGCAAGUCGGUGUCCUCCUCUGGCCCAUGCAACGACUGCCCAGGUCGCGGUCAAGGUGGCUGCGGCGGCGCGACGGGCAGCGGCUGUUGCGGGAACCCCGGAGCCUGCGGACGCGGCGCAGACGCUGGAAGCAGCAGCGGUAACGCGAGCGGCUUGGCAGCGUCGGGCUCUGGCUCCGGAUCAAACGCGUCGGCGGCAGCCGCGCCGCUCACCUCGUCGCUGCUCAUGUCCGAGCCGCUCACGACGUCGGAGACGAUCCCCUGCGAUGCGGCGUGGCGCCAGAUCAAGUCCCAUCCAAACGCCGUGUUCACGGACCUGUCCCUCCUCGCCGAGGUCGUCGCGCGCCGCACGAAGUGCACAGGCCCCACCGUCGAGAUUUCUCCCGCCCCAGGGACGAUCACGCCAGAGAGGGGGCUGUCGCCGGGCAUUCCCGCCUAUGCCCAGCAGCAGGACAGCCAGCCGAUCAUCCUCACCGACCCGCACGCGCAAUAUCACGAGCGGCAGCGGACACGGACGGGCGGGACGUCUUCCCCGCCGCAGUUGGUGCCUCAGGAGGUGCUCGUCAAGUGCGGCCGGCAGCGCGUUCGGGAGGUCAUGGCGGACGGUGUGCGGGAUGCACUCCGGCUGCUCGAUGCGAGGUUCGCUGUACCAUAG